GCAAUUCAGCUUGAAAAUUUGAGCAUUUUCUUGAACGACGAUUACAGCCCUUUCGGAAGUGUUUCUUUGUCUCACUGUUUCCAGUAGCUUCUAAAACUGUUGCAAACGAGUACGAUAUGUCUACUGUUCUCGCAAAGAUCGAAGAAGUAGAAGCAGAAAUCGCUAGAACUCAGAAGAACAAGGCUACAAUGGGUCACUUGGGACUUUUGAAAGCUAAACUAGCAAAGCUUCGUCGAGAGUUGUUGACCCCACCCAAGGGUGGUGGGGGAGGAGGAGAAGGAUUCGAUGUGACCAAAACGGGUGACGCUAGAAUAGGUCUCGUAGGAUUCCCUUCUGUAGGGAAAUCUACGUUGCUCAAUAAACUCACAAAUACAGAGUCUGAGGUUGCUGCGUAUGAGUUUACUACCUUGACCUGUAUACCUGGGGUCAUUUAUCAUAAGGGUGCAAAACUUCAACUGCUUGAUCUACCUGGAAUUAUAGAAGGAGCAAAGGACGGCAAGGGAAGAGGAAGACAAGUUAUUGCAGUAGCAAGAUCUUGUGGUUUGAUUCUUAUAGUUUUAGAUGCCACGAAGCCAGCAACAGUUAAAAGACUUAUUGAGCACGAGUUGGAAGGCUUUGGCAUUCGUCUUAACAAGAGACCACCGGAAAUAACUUUUCGGAAACGAGACAAGGGAGGAAUUAGUCUCACGUCAGCCGUACAGACUACAAACUUAGACAGUGAAACCGUCAAAGCAAUAUGUUCAGAAUAUCGAAUACACAAUGCGGAUAUCUCCUUACGAGAGGAUGCAACAGCAGAUGAUUUGAUUGACGUUAUCGAAGGCAACCGAAAGUAUAUACCUGCAAUUUAUGUAAUAAAUAAGGUCGAUUGUAUUUCUGAAGAAGAGUUAGAGUUGUGGGAUAAGUUACCAAACUCUGUUCUUAUAUCUGGAGACUUGGAAUGGAACUUGGAUGGUCUACUUGAGAUGAUGUGGGAGAAACUCAACUUGAUUCGAGUAUAUACAAAGCCAAAAGGAGAACCUGCAGACUUUGAAGCUCCUGUUAUUUUACGUAAUGAUAAGAAACACUGCACGGUUGAGGUAUUUUGUAAUAAAUUGCAUAAGAGCAUUAUGAAGGAGUUUAAGUAUGCCCUUGUUUGGGGAAGCAGUGUGAAGUUCAAUCCUCAAAAAGUAGGUAAGGAUCACAUAUUACAAGACGAAGAUGUCGUUCAAAUUGUGAAGAAAAUUUAACAAAUAAUAAAGUACGACUGAUCAAUAUGCCUAUAUUUCCAAGUUUUGAUGAGAUAGUCACUCUGUUGUUCUUUCGAGAAACGCAUAUCUUCAACAAUGAAGAAUAAGUUACUAUG